AUGGUAUUAGAUCCCCAUAUUCAUGCCUCUAGCAUGCCUAUACACGAGAAUGAAGCCGAAAUGCAUGCAUCGCCGGUACAAGAAAGUGAAGAGCAACCUUUGCUGCAGUCGACUCUAGCUACGAGUUGGAGCCCACCGUCAGGGUUUUUACUGAUCCAAGUCGCGAUCAUGGCCAAUGUUUUUCUUGGUGGGUUUGACGGGACUAUCACUGCCUCGACCUAUGCUGUAAUCAGCUCCGAGUUCAACGCCGCGAACACUGCUUCCUGGCUAACAACCUCGUAUUUGAUCACGAGCACGGCGUUCCAGCCCCUCUAUGGCCGGUUCUCGGAUCUUCUCGGUCGCAGGUCUUGUUUCUUCACUGCAACUAUCACCUUCAUGGUUGGUUGUCUAGGAUGUGCCGUGGCCCGUGAUGUGGUCUUUUUGAACGUUAUGCGCGCCUUAACGGGCAUCGGCGGUGGAGGAUUGAUGACUAUGGCAACAAUCAUCAACUCAGAUCUCAUUCCCUUCCGCUACCGCGGUAUGUACCAGGCAAUCCAGAAUGUCUCGUAUGGCUUUGGAUCCAUCUGUGGCGCUUCUUUCGGCGGUGCCAUCGUUGACUCGAUCGGAUGGCGCUGGUGCUUCCUGCUGCAAGUUCCAGUCUCAUUGUUUGCUUUGAUCAUGGGCUAUAGAGUCUUGAGAUUUCCCGCACGCAACAAUGAAUCUUCCGCGGAUGGGCGACCAAAAGGAAUUUGGCACCAAAUUGAUAUGCUAGGUGCAUGCCUUCUUAUUUUGGCCCUUUCAGCUCAACUGGUCGGACUUAGCCUGGGUGGCAAUAUUCUCCCUUGGACUCACAUAUGGGUAAUUCUGCCAUUGAUCUCUAGUUUGAUCCUGCUGGUCGCAUUUGUCGCCGUUGAAGCAAAGACCACUGCUGCACCUUUGAUUCCAUUGAAGAUGCUACGAGGACAGCUCGCUGUAUCCACACAGAUCGCCAACGUUUGUGUCGGGAUGGCAGCAUAUGCGGUAAGCUCACCCGUUCCACCAGACCGACGAGUAUCACAGCUAACGCGACACAUCAAGUACCUCUUUACUCUGCCUCUCAUGUUCCAAGUGAUUCUCCUCGACUCGCCCAGCAAGGCUGGUACCCGACUGGUGCUUCCCUGCCUAUUCACCCCACUUGGCGGUCUCGUAGCGGGAAUCAUCAUGUCACGCUGGGGCAAAUUGGCCUCUAUUGUACGCGCCGGCGCAGCCCUAAUGUUUGUGGGCAAUUUGCUUGUAACGCUUCUUCGAUUCAACGACUCAGGAUGGAAGUAUUUCGCCUAUGUCAUUCCUGCCAACCUGGGUCAGGGUAUGGUAUACCCAGGAAUCCUGUUCACAUUCCUAGCAGCCUUCGAUCACGCCGAUCACGCCGUCUCCGCCUCAACUGUCUACCUCAUCCGCUCCCUCGGGACCGUUUGGGGCGUCGCAGUGACCUCCACUAUCAUGCAGAAUACACUUAACUCAGGCCUCGGGGAGGCCUUGAGUGGAAUACCAGAUAAAUGGAAAGUGAUUGAUGAGAUCCGCCACUCAGUCUCAGCUAUUUAUGAUCUCCCUCCGGAUGUGCAACUGGCCGCUCGGUUAGUGUACUACCGCGGGAUCAGGCUAUCCUUCAUGGCCUCCGCAAUAUUUGCAUUCAUCGCAACUAUCGCUUCGAUCUUCACCCGUGGAAAGGGUCUAGAGCGUGCGGGCGGCAACUCCGCACCCCGAAGGAGCCCCGUUGAGGAGUAUAGGGAUAUGUGUGGUGUUUAUGGUGAGGUCAACCCACGCCUUGCGCAGACCCGAUGGAUUGGCGCAUGGUCCCCGAUCCCCCUAGGUCAAGGGAAACCCCUCGUGAAAAUACAUAGAGGUGGUAACUGGCGGAAGUAG